AUGGCGCGGCGUGGAGGGAUGGACUGUAGCGGUGUGGCAGCUGGAGCACUAGAGUUCUGUACGCCCGUGGAGAUCAUCGCGGCGUGGCUAACGGCGUGGAAGAGCGGGAGUGUCACGGCGUGGGAGAUAUCGCGUAUCAAACGUGGCCCGUUGCGUCCCUUAGAAGCCACCGCCUUGACUGUUGUACCUUCUCAUUCACGUGCUACUUUGGCUUCUAAGGCUGCCUCUGUGGGUCGUGACGUGUCCUCGACUUCUCCUGUUCGAACUUCCAUCUCAAUCCUUUGUCCUAUUUCUCUUGAUAGUAAUCCUUCCGACUCCUCUUGUCCUUAUCUUGGCAGUUCGACCUCCGGGACUCCCCCAAUGAGGCGUCGUCGCCACCAGAUCAGUGGUUUGUCCGAGGAGGAGGAAGAAGAGGAAGAGGCCUUUCCUAUUCGCACUGUUAUGCCGCAGCCCUCUUUGCGCCGAUCUCCCUCCCCCCACCGACCCUGUUGGGGACAGAAAUGUAUCGAGAUGGCCAGGGUCCCACCCCUGCUGCUAGUGGUGAGGGAGGUUAAGAGACCACCCAGAAGCAGAAAGGCCCCCAGACCUCACGGGCCCGUUGACCUCCCAAUCCUUCCACUGGCAAAUGAAAGGAACAAUAGGUCAUCAACAUCGACGAAGGUCGGGCCGAAGCUAGCCUUGAGUCUGGAACGUAGCAGCCCCUUGAGUUGA